UAUUUAAACCAUCACUUCCUCUCUACCUGCUUGUUGAACAACCAAAUAGGUCAAGGGCGUAGGUUAAUACAAGCAAAGGUACAAUAUUGGUCUUUAUGUAGCCAGGUGGCAAUAAAAGUUCUCUUUUUGUUUAUUAAAGAGAGUUUUUUUUUUUUGUUUUGUUUAUUUCAUAUGUAUACAUUUGUUUCCAAGCAAUGUAUUAUGUUAAAAAUGUGUAAAUGUUUAUUUUCUGUGCAUUUAUAUAAGCACUGGGUAAAAGGAUGCUGUCUCUUUAAGGGAGUGGUCUUGUGGGGGAUUAUAUUUCCCAUUUAUUUAUCUGAGGCCAUUUUGUGAGCAGCAGUUCUCCUGGGCAGAGCAGAGAUUGGCUGGAGAAAAGUUAAUCUUGUGAUGACCUGUAAGCAGGUGGUUGAGGGCUAAAGAGGCCUGGUGUGUUUGGGGAGUCUCUAAGGGAUCUGAGAUGUGAGUUUUGAAUUUUAUUUCAGAACUUUGUAAACUAAGUUGGAUGUAAUGGCUGUGUAUUUAAUUUCUAAUGUCAAUUUCUAUCUCUGUAUUUUUGUGUUUUACAGUCGUUCACCCACUGCCGUAUAUUUUUGAUGUAAACUUUUAUUUUUAUUUCUUUAUAUUUUACUCUGCUCAGCUCUAAAGAAAAGCUAGAAAGGACGAGUUACUCAUCACCACCUGAAAGUAACUUGCAAAUAAAAGAACCCCAACAUUUUAUAUUGUGUCCUGGAUGUUCUCUUUCUCCACGGGCUACAAUUUUGGUACCAGGAGUGGGGUAUUUGCUCUUCUAGCUAAAAAUAAAAAGCAGACUAGUGCAAAGAAAAAAAUACGGCAGUGGGAAGUUGUCUUGCAGUGCAGCCUGUUUCGGAAGAUGAGUUGGAUGGCGAGUUGGACAGAGGGUGGCGCCAUAACCAGGGAAGUCUUCUGACCCGGAGUUGCAGCAGCAGUGUUCCUGUGUCAAGACACCGUCUGGGAUACAUUGUUGUGGCAUUCAUCUGCUGUAUCCUUGUGAUACCACAGACUUUAUGUGAUUAAGGACUCUGAGUAAACUGAAUACAUAAUAGCACAUUUAAAACAAAAUGUCUGAUUCUGAGGAGGAUGUGCCAGUGCAACAGGGUAAUGACUUUGAACAGUUGCAGCAUCAGAUUGAUGAACUCAGCCGAUGGCGAGAUGAAACACAGGCAAAUGGGGCUGUUGGAGGGAAUAGUUCCACACGUUCUUACAUAUAUGUUCCCAGAGAACGUCAUAUUCAAAGUUUUUGUGGGGAACCAAGUAAAGAUGGGAGAUCUGUAGAGGAAUUCAUUGAGGAAGUAGAGAGAGUCUUAAGGGCUAGGGAACAGUCACAAGAAGAGCAGGUUGACUUCUUAAUUUCACUAUUAAAAGGUUCUGCCUUAGAAGAGGUGCGCUUGUGUAUGGGAAGUGAGCAAUGUCAACCCAGUGAUGUUUUUGAUUUCUUGCGCAAAGCGUUCGGAGAAAGACGUAGUGCUGCUCAGCUGUUGCAGACAUUCUAUCAACGAAGACAAGCUGAGGGUGAGAAUCUUAGGGAUUAUUCCCAUGCUUUAUCACAGAUAUUAACAUCUGUAGUGAAACAGUCACCAGACACAUUGUCAGAUGAGAAAACCAUUCUCAGAGAUCAGUUCAUUGAAGGGCUAAGGGAAGCCUCUCUUAGAAGAGAGCUCAGAAAAUUUGUGAGGGAAAAACCCCAAUCAAGUCUCCUUGAAGUACGCAAUGAGGCAAUGUUGUGGUCACAGGAGGAUAGCAGAUCUUAUGGCCCUAGAGUAGUCAAGCACAGACACAUGCAGUCAGAGGUAACUGGUGAAACAAACUGUUCAGCCAUUCAUAUGGGAGGCGAGCAUACAGCUACUUUAGAGAGUAUACUUAAGACUUUAACCCAACAAGCAAAACAGUUGUCAGAACAAGACCGAACCAUCUCUGAGCUGGCCAAAGCCGUUCAGAAGCUAGCCACACCUGAGGUUAAACAGACUGGUCACUAUCGUGAAACUAGAACUGAACCUAAGUUCACGGAGGAUGGACAGCCCAUAUGCUUUAGGUGUAAUGGGGUUGGUCAUAUUGCAAAGAACUGUACUCAGCGACGUCACGAGAAAGCUAAAGGGCCCAUGCAGCAAUCUUCGUCACAGGGAAACGGGAGCCCUCGGUUGCUUUGAGCCAGGCAAUGCGGGGGGAUGCAGUAGGCUCGUCCAAAUUUAAUCAAUCUCAGAGUAGGUUGUUAGAGAGAGCUGUGGGGAAAUGUCCUGUGGUAGAUUUGAAGAUCAGAGGAGUCCAGUUAUCAUGCUUGUUAGAUACUGGUAGCCAAGUCAGUACCAUCACGGAAAGUUUCUUUAGGGAAUCUUUAUCUGGUGAGGACAAGGAUGUACUUUCAACAUCUGGGUGGUUAAAGCUAACUGCUGCUAAUGGGUUAGAUAUACCCUACAUAGGCUAUCUAGAACUUGAUGUAGAGACUAUGGGUGUAAAUUUAGCUGACUGUGGGUUCCUAGUGGUAAAAGAUACCCAGAGUAACAGUUCUGUACCGGGUCUUAUCGGGAUGAAUAUCAUCAGUAGGUGUAGGCAAAUGGUGCAAACAGAAUUUGAGGGUCCCAUGGGUGGUCAGCUGGAUUCAGACUGGCGUGAGGCCUUUCAGCAGAUGCAGGCUACAAGCUUGGGAGACAGGACAACUUUUGCCAGGGUAGCAGGAAAGGACAUUGUCCACGUGCCAGCUUCAUCUGUCUCAACUGUCAUGGCUAGAGGGCUUAGGACUUUGAAAGAUGAUGGUCCCUUAAUACUUUUAGAGCCAGUGAAUACUCCGUUGCCUAGUGGUUUGGUGGUGUUGCCCACUUUAGUACCAUCUAAGGGUCAUUUGUUUCCAGUACAGGUUAUAAACAUGUCCCAAGAAGACAUCUGGUUGCAGCCAAGGACCAGAUUGGGUAUGUUGUCCCAUAUUGAGCAUGUACAAACAGAUGAGCUCUGUGAAGUUAAGUUCCAGAGAAUCUCUGUAGACCUAGAACAUAUCUCGAUUUACACAGAAAGCAAUCAGCAGUGUGGUUCCAGCUCAAUUUUUGAGAAGCUUUGUGUAGGGGGUACGCCUGAACAGCAGAGUCAGCUACAUGUACUGCUUGAUAAGUACUCCAGUAUAUUCGCUCUUCAGGAUGAAGAUUUAGGUUACACUGACAAAGUCCAGCAUGAGAUACAUUUAACUGAUGAUGUACCUGUGACA